AUGAACUCAAUACUCUCCCCGAUCUCUGUUCCCUCGGUACCCGGCUGCGACGUUCGGCAGAGCCAAGCGGCAACACCAGCCCCAUACACCCUGGCCCAGCUCGUGGCCGAUAUCAAGCUACACCUGGGGAAAGAAGGAGGAAUCGACUCGAGCGACGUGGAUGAGGCAUACCUAGUGUCUCUUGCGCGGAAGUACAACUCGAAUCCCAGUGAUUGGGCACAAUACUAUUACAGCCAGCCGGGCAAGCAUUACACGCGGAACUCGAUAGAAGACAUCAACCAUAAAGCCAAUAUUCUUCUGCUGGUCUGGAGUCCCGGAAAGGGAUCUCUGAUCCACGACCACGCUGGUGCUCACUGCAUCAUGAAGGUCUUGGCGGGCAAGCUGACCGAGACUGUCUACUACAACAACAACAAUAAUGGUGCAGUAGACAAGGAGGACGCUGAUACUACCCCCCUCCGGGUCAAGAGCGAGAGGACUCACAGCUUGAACGAGGUUGCUUACAUCUCGGACACCAUCGGGCUCCAUCGCGUGCACAAUCCGGACCCCGACAACGUCGCCGUGUCCCUGCAUCUGUAUACGCCGCCCCAUGCGGCUGACAUCGGCUACCACGUCUUCGAUGAGACCACCGGUUCGUCGACCUUUGUGCGGCAGGCCAAGGCGCUGUCGAUGGCGGAAAAGAUGGGCAUUAAGGCGUGA